GUAGUAGUGGACAAGUAGUCGUCACCAUUUGUGGUUUUGGCUGCGUGGCUUGGAUACGGCAAGGAAGGCAAAUUUGGGUCAGAUUUAGGGCUUAGGGUUGUUGUCAUAACGACACUAACCAUACACUGCUGAAAACUGCAUUUUAGUAUACUAGUAAUCUAUUAAUAAAUAAACGGCCUAUCAAAAGGAAACCUCAACAGGAUUAACGUGAUAGCCUUGUUGAGUGAGAUUGGCCUCUGGGCAAACCCCUCUUGCUGCUUACAAGUGUGGUUAAGCACAAUCACAUGACAUAUUAUUUGUCAUAUGACAAGCGCUAUUGCUAGUUUCCCUUUGGCUUCUGCUGUGACACCAACGCGGAGAAAUGGUCUUAGGCGAAGACUUUACUUUGUUGCUGUGAUUGAAAACAACCGCCGGAAUAUGGAAAGCAAUUUUGGGACGUUCUCCGUGCUAGUCACCGCUUGCGUUUUAGGUGUGGUGGUGAGUCAGACGACGCUCAGUCCUGCUGUGACAAACACUACAGGUGCUGAGAAUGUGACAGUCACUACGGCCGUACCACCCAGCACCACUGCCCCAGGCUGCUCUGCCCUCAACACCUCUGCCUGUGAGGCCUGCUUCCCAGGCUUCUACUAUGACAAUGACACACUGCUGUGCUCCUGCUGCCCGGAGGCGGGCCAGUGUCUGUUUGCUGGAGCCUGCCUCCCAUGUGAUGAAGGCUUCUAUCAGCCCCUCGCUGGACAGCUGCAGUGUUUGCCCUGCAGCCCAGGCUCCUACAGCAAUUUCUCUGGUAGCCCUGUGUGCCAGCCCUGCCUACCAGGCUCUUAUGCAAACAGCACUGCCUCGAACACCUGCAAGAGCUGUUUCCCAGGUUUCUACACAUCAGGGUACAAUGCCACCUCUUGUGAUCCAUGUCCCCAGGGAACAUUCUGCAACUCUACCAGCUGUUCUCAAUGUCACAUCUGUCCUGUGGGAACAGAAUCCCUGCAGACAGCAGCCAAGGAGUGCACACUUUGUCGCCCAGGAAUGCACAAGGCUGCACAUCAGAGUAUGUGUCAGAUCUGUAGCAGUGGAUUCUUCCAGAUUCGCUGGGGGCAGGAAACCUGUGACAUCUGCCCCGAGAACCACUACUGCCCUAGCCCAGAUGUGAACCCCAUCCAGUGUCCCCUCGAUGCUUUCUGCCCAGAGGGUAGCACUGCCCCUGGAUACUGCAUGGAGACAUUUUUCCGGAAAGCAGGAGAAACAUGCGAGCUUGCACCUGUCACCAUCGCUCUGCUAGUCAUUGGGGGAGGGAUGGCCAUCCUCUUCAUCGUGCUGCUGGUGUUGAGACGCAGGCGGGAUGUGGAUGGGGAGCUGUCUCUGUCACGGGCACCAUUACUGCACAAGCAGCGGCAGCCAGGAGGCUUUUACGGUGUGCCAUGUGACACAGAGCCUGUUUACGCUGGCUGGUGAUUGCUGUCCCUGCAUGUACCUCCCACACACACUGGGUCCCUCCUUAGCCAUUGUGUGAGAGCAGCUCCCACUCUGGAGCAUUGAACUGACUGCCUUCCUCACUAGCAGAGAGCCCACAGGACAGAAGUGCCAUACUUUGUAUUUUUGCCUGUCUGCUAUUUAUUUUCUCACCUGCCAGGGAUGCUGUGGAGGAAUGGCUUCUUUCUGCAGCAGGAUCACAGCAACUCAGCAAACACAUACGCAUAACUAUCCCCAAAGAAUGAAUUCAGUAACUGAGCCCUGAAAUCAAAGUAGUAUGAUCAUUUGCUGCUUUUCAGUGGAUGCCAGACAUUCCCUGUGGUGCAUUUGUUCCAAGAAUUGUGGUCUUGCCAAACAAAAAUAUACUUUUUCCCUGAGAUUUUUUUUUCUGACUUUUUCUUUUUACAUUUCCCAUUCCCUUGUAAGCGUGACUCUCGUCUAAUGCAAGGGCAUGGCGCAGCAAUACUAAGAUGCUCUUCUGUCUUAAUUCUUUCUACUUCUUUAUUUGAAAUGACAUCCAAGACAAGUUGUGCUGAGGUUAUUUUUUUACAAUCCUGUAUGCAGAUAAAUAUGCAGUGUUCAUUGACAGUACUUCUGUUACCUUCAAGUGAGUGGUAUUUCUGGUCCUGAGACAGUAUGUGAUUUGUCUUUAUAUGUUUAAUAUACUUUACCCAUUGUAGUGAAGGGGCGAGAGCAGUCACCCCA